CCGCUCAGUUUGACUUGCUCAGCACGUCAGCCUCACAAUUUCCAGUUUCCUCUCAGAGCUCAGCUUUUCAGCAUUUUGUUAAACUGUGGUGAGCCGUGACGGGUUUUUCUCUUUAAGUUCAUUUUCUAACCAAACAGCAAGGAGACGCACAGCUGAGAUGGCGUUUAGCAGCUCCAGCAUCUGCUUCGUCUUCACAGUUUAUCAGGUCUUCAUCUUCCACCUGAGCCACGGUUUUGAAGUGAUCCAACCAGAGACCGUCAGCCUGGACCAGUUAGCCAUAAUCAGCUGCCAGCACACUUCUGAUGGGAAAGUGAAGGAUGUUCAGCUAAAACGUGAUUCAGGCACACUUUGCCAGAGAGGACAGAAAACAUGUAGAAACAUUUCCAUGUAUGAAGAAAAUCCUAAGAAAUAUGUUUUCAUCUUGUUCAACAUUGCACCAAAAGAAAUGAGCUUGACUUAUGUGUGCGAGUUCUCGGUGGAAGAAAAUGGUGUGGAUUACCAAGAAGAAGGAAGAGGAACUAAACUACUGCAAGGUCAAAAACAAAAAGAGAAGGAAUGUCCCCUCCCACCUUCCCUUCCUCCUCAUCCUCCUCAUCCUCCUGUUGCUGAUCAGCUGAUGUGGAUUCUGAUUGGUCUGCUGGGCUUCAUGUUCCUGUACAGCUUCGUCAUCACCUGCUGCUUCAUCAGACUGAUGAUCAGCAGGAAGGUUUGUGAGGAUCCCACCUACGUAGAGAUGAGGAAGGCUCCUCUGGCACACGGCUUGGAUGGUUAUUGUGCGUAGCUGCUCCAUCAGCACUGUGGUCACGCCGAGCAUCUUCAUGGAGGUCGUUGUUGUACCGCUGAGGAUGACCAGCAGGGGGAGACAAAGACUGCCUGACCUGUUCAGUCUGUCAUGAUUUUACCCAGAACAUUAAUACGAAUUAUCAAUAAUCUGACUUUUUAUUGAUUGAUUCCUUGUAAAUUAGAGUUAAAGUGGCCUUAAUCUGGUUUUAUUCUUUAAACUGCUCCAUUGUUUGCAUUUCCUUUAUUUUAUACAGUGUAAUCUACAGUUUGUUUGUCCAUGUCAAUGCAUUAACACACAUUACAGUACUAUUUUUAUUAUUGCUAUUAUUACUUCUUUAUAUGAUUAUUCAUUUUACGGAUCCUGGUUGAUGCCUCUACAUUGUCUCUAAUGGUACGACUGGGCUUUGCCAGCAUUGUCAAUCCAUGUCAUUUAAAUAAGGACUAACUCCUGCCUGACGAUAGUUUUUAAGGUGGAAAUAAUGUAAAAACCUGCAAGCAGCCACAGUAAAAUGGUUUUGACUUUAUACAAACAGUGAGAGAAAACAUGGAGGGUUAAAAGCUGUUCAUUUCUUUAUUAUCACAUAUGGAUUUGUUGUUUAUUAUCAAUAAAAGAUGGAAAAGAGAAUCCGG